AUGACCACUUUACUGCUGGUGUUUGUGACUCUGAGAGUCAUCGCUGCAACCGUCUCAGUAGAAUAUUCAGACCGUGACACCUCACUGAGUGUGAGCAUCCCUGAACCUUCCCCGCUACGGGUCCUGCUCGGAAGCUCCCUCACCAUCCCCUGCUAUUUCAUCGACCCCAUGCACCCUGUCACCACUGCUCCCUCCACCGCUCCCCUUGCCCCAAGAAUCAAGUGGAGCCACAUUUCCAAGGAGAAGGAGAUGGUCCUGGUGGUGGCCACCGAGGGGCAGGUGCGGGUCAACAGUGCCUACCAGGACAAGGUCUCACUGCCCAACUACCCAGCCAUCCCCAGUGAUGCCACCCUGGAGAUCCAGAAUCUGCGCUCUAAUGACUCUGGGGUCUACCGUUGUGAGGUGAUGCACGGCAUCGAAGACAGCGAGGCCACCCUGGAGGUUGUGGUGAAAGGCAUUGUGUUCCAUUACAGAGCCAUCUCCACACGCUACACCCUAGACUUCGACAGGGCCCAGCGGGCCUGCCUGCAGAACAGUGCCAUCAUUGCCACACCCGAGCAGCUACAGGCUGCCUAUGAGGAUGGCUUCCACCAGUGUGACGCUGGCUGGCUGGCCGACCAGACUGUCAGGUACCCCAUCCACAUGCCCCGGGAAGGCUGCUAUGGAGACAAGGAUGAGUUUCCUGGGGUGAGAACCUAUGGCAUCCGCGACACCAAUGAGACCUAUGAUGUGUACUGCUUUGCCGAGGAGAUGGAGGGCGAGGUAUUCUACGCUACGUCCCCUGAGAAAUUCACCUUCCAGGAGGCAGCCAACGAGUGCCGGCGGCUGGGAGCCCGGCUGGCCACCACAGGCCAGCUCUACCUGGCCUGGCAAGGCGGCAUGGACAUGUGCAGUGCUGGCUGGCUGGCCGACCGCAGUGUGCGCUACCCCAUCUCUAAGGCCCGGCCCAACUGUGGGGGCAACCUCCUUGGUGUGAGGACUGUCUACCUGUAUGCCAACCAGACGGGCUACCCAGAGCCUUCAUCCCGCUAUGACGCCAUCUGCUACACAGGUGAAGACUUUGUGGACAUCCCCGAGAACUUCUUCGGUGAGGAGGACAUCACUAUCCAGACGGUGACCUGGCCUGAAGUAGAGCUGCCUCUGCCCCAAAACAUCACUGAGGGUGAAGCCCGGGGCAACGUGAUCCUCACAGUGAGGCCCAUCUUCGACAUCUUGCCCACUGUCCCGGAGCCCGAGGAGCCCUUCACACUGACCCCUGCCUUCCCUGAGGCUGAGAACCAAACUGAAGAGGCCACCAGGCCUUUGGGCUUUCCUGAAGAAUCCACACCAGGCCUGGGGCCUGCCACAGCCUACACCAGUGAUGACCUAGUCGUGCAAGUGACCAUCGCUCCAGGUGGAACCAUGGUCCCUGGGCAGCCACUCUUGCCAGGGGGGGUUGUGUUCCACUACCGCCCAGGACCCACUCGCUACUCACUGACGUAUGAGAAGGCACAGCAGGCCUGCCUGAGCACAGGUGCAGUCAUCGCCUCCCCGGAGCAACUCCAGGCAGCCUAUGAGGCCGGCUAUGAGCAGUGCGAUGCUGGCUGGCUGCAGGACCAGACUGUCAGAUACCCCAUUGUGAGCCCACGGGCUGCAUGUGUAGGUGACAAAAACAGCAGCCCCGGAGUCAGAACCUAUGGUGUGCGUCCAUCAUCAGAAACCUAUGACGUCUACUGCUACGUGGAUAAGCUCGAGGGGGAAGUGUUCUUCGCCACACGCCCGGAACAGUUCACCUUCCAGGAAGCUCUGGAGUUCUGUGAAUCCCACAAUGCCACACUCGCCUCCACGGGCCAGCUCUACGCCGCCUGGAGCCGUGGCCUGGACAAGUGCUAUGCCGGCUGGCUGUCUGAUGGCAGCCUUCGCUAUCCCAUUGUCAGCCCACGGCCUGCCUGUGGUGGGAGUAAGCCUGGAGUGAGGACCAUCUACCAUUACCCCAACCAGACCGGCCUCCCGGACCCGCUGUCCCGGCACCAUGCCUUCUGUUUCCGAGGUAUUUCAGUGGCGCCCUCUCCAGAAGAAGAGGAGGGUAGCACACCCAUGCCACCCUCUGGCGUAGAGGACUGGAUCACUACCCAGGUGGUGCCUGGCGUGGCUGCUGUUCCCUUGGGGGAGGAGACAACCACAGUCCCAGGCUUCACCAUCGAGCCGGAAAACCAGACAGAAUGGGAACCAGCCUACACCUUAGCAGGCACUUUGCCACUGCCAGGGAUCCCUCCUACAUUGCCUCCCACUGGCUUAGCAACAGAGGAAAGCACAGAAGGCCCCUCUGUAACUGAAGUACCCUCUGCCUCAGAGGAACCAUCUGCCUCAGCAGAACCAUCCCCCUCAGAGAAGCCAUCCACUUCAGAGGAGCCAUCUGCCUCAGAGGAACCAUCCACCUCAGAAGAACCAUACACCCAAGAGGAGCCAUAUACACCUACACCCUCAGUGCCCAGCAGGACUGAGCUGGCAGGCUCUGGGGAGGAAUCUGGGGCUCCUGAAAUCAGUGGUGACUUCACAGGCAGUGGAGAGCCUUCAGGACACUUUGACUUUACUGGGCAACCCUCGGGAGAAAGUGCAAGUGGACUACCCUCUGGAGACCUUGACUUCAGUGGUCAGACUUCCACAGUGGGCUCAGGGCUACCUACAGAAAGUGCAUCUUCAGGGGAUGAAGACAGGAUUGAGUGGUCCACCAUUCCUGAGGUUAGCAAGCCACCCACAGAAGACAAGGGCAUAGAGGGCUCUGUUUCUGGAGUAGAAGACCUCAGUGGACUUCCUUCUGGAGGAGAAGGUCCAGAAGCCUCAGCUUCUGGAGUAGGAGACCUCAGUGGACUUCCUUCUGGAGAAGGUCCAGAGGCCUCAGCCUCUGGAGUAGAGUAUCUCAGUGGGCUUCCUUCUGGAGGAGAAGGUCCAGAAGCCUCUGCCUCUGGAGUAGGGGAUGUCAGUGGACUUCCUUCUGGAGGAGAAGGUCUAGAAAUCUCUGCUUCUGGAGAACUCGGCCAAAGACCUCCUGUGACGCACUCCCAGCUCUUUGAGUCCAGUGGGGAAGCCUCUGCAUCUGGGGACAUUAGUAGAGCUACACCAGGAUUCUCUGAGUCUGAGGUAGAAGCAUCAUCUGUCCCAGAAUCCAGCAGUGCAACAUCUACCUACCCUGAGGCUGGGGUGGAGGCAUCUGUUGCCCUCGAGACCAGCGGAGAAACUUCUGCAUCCCCUGAUCUCAGUGGAACCACAUCAGCCUUCCAUGAAGCUGAUCUUGAGACAGCCUCAGUCCUGGGUGAGAGCGGCAGCACCUCUGCCUCCCAGGAAAGCCCCAGGGAGGGGUCGGCAGCCCCAGAAGUGAGUGGAGAACCAACUGCCCCCUAUGAGGUGGGCACAGAUGCAUCAGGCUUGUCUUCAGCCACUCCCCUAACUUCUGGAGACAGAACUGAAAUUGACGGAGACCUGUCAGGUCACACCUCGGGGCUGGAUAUUGUCAUCAGCACCAGUACCCAAGAGGCAGAGUGGACCCAGCAGACCCAGCGCCCUGCAGAGGCGCAGCUAGAAAUUGAGUCCUCUAGUCCCUUGCACUCAGGAGAAGAGACCCAAACAGCUGAAACAGCCACCUACCCAACAGACGCUCCUGUCCCAACUUCUGCAGAAGAGACAGCCCCCGCCAGGUCUUGUGCCGAGGAGCUCUGUGGUGCUGGGACCUGCCAGGAAACAGAGGGACGCAUCACAUGCCUGUGCCCCCCUGGCUACACUGGCAAGCACUGUGACAUUGACAUUGAUGAGUGCCUCUCAAGCCCUUGUCUGAAUGGAGCCACCUGCGUGGAUGCCAUCGACUCUUUCACAUGCUUAUGCCUUCCCAGCUACGGAGGGGACCUGUGUGAGAUUGACCAGGAGGUAUGUGAGGAGGGCUGGACCAAGUUCCAGGGCCACUGUUACCACCACUUCCCCGACCGCAAGACCUGGGUGGAUGCCGAGAGCCACUGUCGGAAGCACCAGUCACACCUGAGCAGCAUCAUCACUCCCGAGGAGCAGGAGUUUGUCAACAACAAUGCUCAAGACUACCAGUGGAUUGGUCUGAAUGACAGGACCAUUGAAGGGGACUUCCACUGGUCAGAUGGAUCCUCCUUGCAACUUGAGAACUGGCGCCCCAACCAGCCUGACAACUUCUUUGCCACCGGAGAGGACUGUGUGGUGAUGAUCUGGCAUGAGAAGGGCGAGUGGAAUGACGUCCCCUGCAAUUACCACCUGCCCUUCACGUGUAAAAAGGGCACAGUGGCCUGCGGUGAUCCCCCCAUGGUGGAGCAUGCCAGAACCUUUGGGCAGAAGAAGGACCGAUAUGAAAUCAACGCCCUGGUGCGGUAUCAGUGCACUGAGGGCUUUGUGCAACGUCAUGUGCCCACUAUUCGGUGCCAGCCCAACGGGCACUGGGAGGAGCCUCGGAUCACCUGCACAGACCCUGCCACCUACAAGCGCCGACUACGGAACUCCCGGUCCCCCCACAAAAGACGCUCUAGCUCUACCCACUGA